UGGCCUCAAAGGAGAGUAAAUGAUAUAUUAAAAUUGUUUCCUAUCAUUUCUCACUACAUGCCAUUUCUUAGGUUUGCUGAAACAGUUAUACACAGGAAUGGAAUCAGACAGUGUCACACUGCAAUUGCUCUGACUUCAGAUUCCCAUCUACAGAAUGUGGGUAAUAGUAGCAAUGAAUAAUACUUUCCUGGGGAUUAAAUGUGUUAAUAAAGCAAAGUCUGAGGAAUAGUAUCAGGCUCAUUCUAAUUCUAUAGCAUGUUAUCUUGCAUCAUCUGCUCAUGUCAAUUUACAAGCAUUUCUAUAUGUGGCAAGUGAAUAUUUUCACUCCCACUUGGGAAAUUGUUAGAAAUACUAAGCUAAUUAUAGAAAUACUGGGUUAUUCAUACAGUGACUGUGAAUUCAUUCAGCUAAGUAUCAACUUUGAUUUCUCACUAGUUUAAAACAUUGCACCAUGAGUAGAUGGAACUCCACCAAUGUGCCUGGGUUCAUCCUCAUGGGGCUGACUGACUCUGCAGAGACACAGCUGGUCCUCUCUAUGCUCUUUCUCCUGAUUUACCUGAUCAUGGUGGUGGGGAAUGUGGGGAUGAUACUGAUCAUUCGCCUGGAUCCCCAGCUUCACACCCCCAUGUACUUUUUUCUCACUCAACUUUCAUUUCUUGACCUCAGCUACUCAAGUGUCAUCACCCCUAAAACCUUACACAACUUACUGACUUCCACCAAGAGCAUUUCCUUCCUGGGCUGCUUCACUCAGCUUUACCUUUUUGUUUUCUUUGCUGCUGCUGAAUGUUUCCUUCUCUCCUCCAUGGCCUAUGAUCGCUAUGUAGCUAUCUGCAGCCCCCUCCACUAUCCAGUCAUUAUGUCCACAAGACUGUGUCAUGCCUUGCUCUCUGGCUCCUAUGUGAUUGGAUUUAUGGAUUCCUCUAUCAAUGUACUUUGCCUGAGAAGACUGAAUUUCUGCAACUCUAUUGUCAUCCAUCACUUUUACUGUGACACUCCAGCACUUUUAGCGCUGUCCUGCAGUGACACUCAUGACUUUGAGAUCAUGUUAUUCAUUGUUGCUGGUUCCACCCUGGUGCUGUCCCUCAGUACCAUAUCUGGAUCCUAUCUGUCUAUCCUCUCCACUAUCCUGAAAAUUAAUUCCACUGCUGGAAAGAAGAAAGCCUUCUCCACCUGUGCCUCUCAUCUCCUGGGAGUCACCAUCUUCUACAGCACUAUGAUCUUUACUUAUCUAAAACCGAAGAGGUCCUACUCCUUGGGAAGGGAUCAGGUGGCUUCUGUGUUUUACACAAUUGUGAUCCCCAUGCUGAACCCUCUCAUUUACAGUCUCAGAAACAAAGAGGUGAAGAAUGCUGCCCUGAGAGUCCUGCAGAAGAGAGAGGGCUGCAGGCGAUUAAUAUCAUAG